AAAUAUCAUCAUUGUAGUGUUCAACUGAUUUAAAGAACACAGACAUGACGAAAGAGAGUGAUAUAACUUCUGCUCAAACCCCAAAGAGGGAUAAUUCAGGGAGACGUGGGUUGGAGACGACCGAGAAGCUAGUGCACAUUACUGCAGAAACCGGUGCAAUCCUUGGAGAGAUCCAAUCUUACCUUCUCUCACAAGAUAUUACCGAAAACAAAUGCCCAACAAGGACAACAGCAAUUGAAUGCAAUGCUUCUGAAGACGACACAGCACUAAUAUCCCAGAAGUCUCAGAUUAUGGACAUUAAAGAAUCCCAGACUCGGGAAGGAGGGUCUGGGAGUGGCUGGGAUGACCAAGAUAACAAUAAAAAACAUACUUGUUUAGAGUCACUCUUCCGGUGCCUGUGUGACUGUGGAUUCCCCCGUCCAACUAAGAAAGAAAAACCUUUCACAGGAAACCGAAAAAGGGGACUUUUUCAGAGACUUGGACAGCUAUUCAAGAGGAAUUAAUUUGUUCGGCAGAAUCGUAUAGCCUAGGACAUAUCUGAAAUUAACACCCAAAUCUAUGAAAUCAUGUUAUCAAAUGUAUUCAG